AUGACAACUAUUCAAGAGGAACAACAACAACAACAACAACAAGUUACUCAAGAAGAAGAACCAGAAACUUUACAAAAUGCAUUGGCAGGAUUGAAUUUACAAAUUGGUAAUGGAGAACCAUCGUCUAGUGAUUCCCUCAAUACAGAGUUGUUGAUUGGUGCAGCUACUACCGUUGUAGCCUUUGUCUUUGUUAAUAGACAAUCAUCACUUUUCAAUCUACUCAUCCAAAUGCUUUCGACCAACAAAUUCACUCCCGUCUUUCUCGAACGUACCAGUUCAUUUUCAAAUAUUCCAUUUCAAGGAUCUCCUAAUCCAUCAUUGACUGAUUCACAAUCCAAACAACAACAACAACCAACUCAACAACAACAACAACAACAAAAAGGAUCACAAAUGUUUUAUGUAUUGCAAGAAGCUAUCAAUGUAGUAUCCAAGCAAUACAAUACCAAUUUUUAUAUUCAUAUUCUUGAAAGUGUAAAGAAAAUGAUAUUAUUUGAAAAUAGUAAUAAUCAACCAACUAUUCAAUCUCAACAACAACCAACUAUUCAAUCUCAACAAUUAAAUAAUAACAAAACAAAUGAUGGUUUAUUAUCUGGUUGUUUAUCAUUUAUUAAUCAUAUGAUGUCAUCUGCUCCAACUCAAUUUGAUUUUGAAAGAUAUCGUCAAUUAUUAAGUGCUCAAGGUGUAAAUGAAGCUAUCAAGAAAUAUAUUAAAAAUGUUGAUCCAAAUGUUAGAUUGGAAUUAUUACAUUAUCAACAACAUAAAUUAACAAAUAUUAAAUUGGGUAAACAAAUAACUGACAAACAAUCAAUUGAUCAUUUAUUAGUUAGAUUAUGUAAAAUAUCAUUCCCAGGACAAUCAUUUAAUCCAGGUGAAGAUUCAUUGACAGAUAAACUAAAAUCAUUGGGUUUUGGUGGAGAGGUGUACAAUGAUCAUUUUACAUUGUUGGGUACUGGUAUUCUUGGUCUUCGUAAUCUUAUUUAUUUUGGUGCAAGAUAUUCUAGGAUCUAUCAAGAAAUAUUGAGUGUUCAAUUAUCUCGUACUCAAGAAGAAGCCCAAUAUUCAUUUAGUCAAGUUGGAAUGUCACUAACUAAUGUCAUUUUAGAAAUUUAUAUUGAUGAUGAAAAUAUUUAUGAAAUCAUAUUUGAUCAAGAUGAUUGGUUUGAAGAAUUAUUUUCCAUUUCAUUUGAAUUAUUUGAUGAAAUUUGGGAAAGAGAAGCAAAGAAACCUGAAGACUUUUUAACUGUACUUCAUAAAACAAGAAAUAUACUUAGUAGAAUUAAAUGGACAAAUCCAGAUUCUAUUCAUGGAUUCCAAGUUACAUUGGGUAGUGUAUUGGAUGAUAUUUUCACGGUACCUGAACAUCCAGAUAUGGAGGAUGAAGCACGUCCUCGUCUUGGAUUGAGUGAUAGUAUUUUGGGAUUGCCAACUGGCAACUAUAGUACACACCACAACAACUCUCAUCGAUUCCACAAGUUUUUAAAUGAAAGAUUGGAUAAAUUCAAGACUAUUGGUAGAAAGGAUAGUAGUGGUAGUAAUAGUGCCAUCUCUUCUAGUGGUGGUAUUGACAAUAAUAAUAAUAAUAAUGACGAGACUGCAUCCAACCACUCCAACACCACCUCACCAGACUCUCCCAAACAUCUUCGUAACCAAACAAAGAGUAUGAGUUUUAAAAAACUUUUUGAUUUCAAGUCAUUCAAGGAUAAUCAUAGUAAUAAUGGAGAUGACGACUCGUCUCCAACAUCGGCAAGAAGAGAGAGUGAAAGAGAAGAAGAGACAUCAUCCAAUUCAUCAUUUUCAUUCUCUAGAAAGGGUACUUUGAAAAAGAAGGAAGCUGCUCAAGCAUUGAAUGAAAGUCAAAUCAUUGAAAAUAAUCCAAACAAUGCUACUACAACGGAAUCUGGAUCAGCUAUUCCAGUUGAAAAUGGUACACCUGUGGAGAAUGGCACUUCUGGUGAUGGCCAAAAGGAAGGAUCUAGUCAAUUAAAGAUCAAUGUUGGUAGUUUAAAGUCGAGUGGUACAGCCAUUUACAAGACUGUUAAAAAGGCAAUGCACAAGAUUGAGAAAAAAGGAAAGAAUAUCAAGAAAAAGGUGAAAAAGUCGAAAAAGGAUGGCGAUGCUCAGCAACAACCAGACCAGUUUGAUGAAAAUGGCAACAAGAUUGAAAAGGAAAAGAAAAAGAAAAAGUCAAAGAAACAUGUCACCUAUGAUGGAGAAAAUGACACUACAGUCACUGUCCCAUCAAACAAGGAAUUGCCAAAUGUAGAGUUUCAACCUAACUUGGACCUUGAUUUCAGUCAAGGUGAUAGUUCAUCAGAUUCAGAUGACGAUGAUGAAGUUGAUGAUGACGAUGACACUAUAGAAGAGGUUGAAAUUGCAUACACUGAAAGUGGUUCAGAUGUUCCAGAUACACCAAAAAGUAAUACUACCAAUAAUAGUAAUAGUAAUAAUAAUAAUAAUAACAGUAAUCCAAACUCUAAUCCAUUGGCAAAUACUUUUAUUACAAUUUCUUCAACUCAUCCAACUAUUUCAGUUCAACCUGAAAUUAAUAAUAAUCAAAAUAAUCAAAAUCAAAACAAUAAUGUACCAACAGUAUCAACAACUAUUAAUCAACAAAUUAAUCAACAACAAAUUAAUAAUAAUGUAAAAUCUUCACCAUCAACCGAUUCUUUAUCAUCGGCUUCACAUUUCCAUAUUAGACAACAACAAAAACAACAAGAAUCACCACAACUUUCAUUAUCCACGGGAAAUCCUGCCAACGAUGGCAGUGGAAGUGAAAUUUCACCAAGAGUUAAUGGCGGUGGAAGUGAUAAUGGUGCUCCAGUGAUCAAGGGAUCUACAUCGACUGGUGAUAUCCACGGUUUGGCAGGUGCCGAUCAAUCACUUUCCAAACGUAAAUCAAUGUAUGGAAAUGAUUUUGUAAAAGGACCAUUUGGAACGAUAGAGCGUCGUAAAUCUCCUUCUUCAAAUCCAGUUGUCAAAUCUACAUCAAUCAAACACCUUGUCAACUUUUUCGAAGCAACUCAUACCGGUCCUGCUCCACCAACCAUUCAAAGACAAAAAUCUUUCCGUUCUGAUCGUAGUAAUUUAACUGUCAACACUAAUCAUACAACUAAUAAUUAA